CAUUUCUCUGCUUCCUGCCAUCUUCAAUCGGUUACUUCUUCCUCAAAAUACCCUUCUCUAUUUACACCAAAUCUUCAUCAUUUUCCGCGUAGCCUCUCCAAAGUGGGUCUCCCCCUACUUUUCUCUAUUUUCUCUUUAUUCUCCUCUUGUCCUUUUUCCAUAUUUGCUGUGCUUGACUUCUCUUCCACAUUGUUGACUGUGUACUGUAAAUAGUACGUACUCAUCUUCUCUUUAAUUAUUCUUUGUUUCUUGUUCUUCAACUGCAUUCUGUGGUCUUGGUGAGUUGAUUAAUUACUCUUGAUUGUCUUUUCUUAUGCAAUAAUACAUAUAUACACUUGUUUGGGGUCCUGUUUUGUGUGGCUUUCUCACUUUCUCUUCGUUUACCAUACCCAUUUUUCAUUCCCACAAACGGUGCAGAAGUAAUCAUGUCUAACGUGAAUCGGAAUCGAAGAGAUGAAGGGGUUUUGCUAAACCCUCCCAAGCUGUCCAAAUGCAAUGAGAAGAAAGUUCUGCCUGAUGCCGGUUCUCAGAAAGUAAUGUUUCCUGGACACAAAGAUGAGGCUGGUGUUACAGAAUGGAGUAUUCGGAGGAGAGAAGUAAAGGAGGCUGUGUAUCUUUACAGGGAGAAUCUCUACAAGUUCUCAAGAGAACGGCGAAAGAAAUGCAAAGAUGGGACUCAUUGGAGUGAUCAUCUCAUGGCAGCCAAGCUACUUGGAAAACAGGGGAGGUGGGUCAACAGGAGCAAGCAAUUUGGUCAUGUUCCAGGGAUCAGAAUUGGGGAUGAGUUUCUGUGGAGAGCUGAAUUGAAAAUUGUGGGUCUUCAUCAUCAGCUCAUAAAUGGAAUAGAUUACAUGAGGUUACCAAAUGAGAAAAUUUUAGCCACCAGCAUUGUUGAUUCUGGUCGAUAUGCCAAUGGCGUGGGGUCUUUUAACACACUGGUAUACUGUGGACAAGGCGAAAACCCAAAUGUACAAACUGGAAAUGGAAAACUUAAGGAUCAAAAACUCGAAAGAGGGAACCUUGCACUCAAGAAUAACAUGGAAGCAAAAGUUCCAGUGAGGGUGAUCCGAAAGUACAAGAAAAACUCUGUUGGGUGUGCUUCAAUGGGUGCAAGAACGAUGAAGAAGACCGAGGGCUACAAGUACGUCUAUGAUGGAUUGUAUUUUGUGGAUAGUCUUUGGAAAGAGAGAGGAAGUUUUGGUAAAAUGGUUUUCAAGUUUCUGUUGAAAAGAAUCCCCGGACAAUUGGAUCUUAAUUGGAGGAAGUUAUAGAAAUUGACCCAUUCUUGAUAGCACUUAUCAGCCAUGGGAAGUGUAGUCUUUUUAGUUAUUUUGGAGGUUGAGGCCUCCCAUGUUAUAGGUCUCUAAGCUCUUGGAGGACUCCAGUCUUCAGUAGACAUCAAGACUACAGUAUCUCCUUGAAACCCCCGGGUUUUGUAAGUAUUCCUGCUUGAACAGUUGAGGUUGAAUGAAUGACUCUAGCUGUCUAGCAUAUAAAAUGACUACCUACAACGUUGUUAGGCAAGUUGCAAAGCUAGAUUUUGCACAAAUAAAAUCGAGUGUUUAAAUGUCUAUUCUAUCUUUUAUGUGUCCAAGUGUUUGAAAGGGUUUAAUUUGAUAAACAAUUUAGUAACUA